AUGCGUUUUUCCUUGGCUGUGUCCGGCCUUGCAGCUGUCGGCGUUAACGCCGCCUGCAAGUCCGUCUUCCCCUCGGGCACCGCAGGAGCUGUGGCCCCUUCAUCGACGGCUUCGGUUCCUUACGGCGUCAAGAAUGCUACCGUCGCCAAUGGCUCAGGAAGCAGCACCGGAGGCAGCAGCUCCAGCCCAAGCAGUGCCACAUCCAGCAUCGCAUCGGCCUCCACCGGCGCUGUGAAGGCUUCAAGCUCGUCGAAGUCAGCCCAGAACUCGGGAAUUAAGGGAUUCAACUACGGUGCCUUCUUCCUCGACCAGCGUGCUGUCCAGCAAGCCGACUUUGAGUAUCAGUUCCGCCGUGCCCAGUCCCUGCCCGGCACUGAGGGAUGGAGCAGUGCUCGUCUAUACACCAUGCUCCAGUGGGGUACCACCGAUGUUAUCUCGGCCAUCCCAGCAGCUAUCGCAACCAAAACCAGCCUUCUGCUUGGUCUCUGGAUUUCCGGCGGUGACUCCGCCAUUACCAACGAGAUUAACGCUCUCGAGGCUGCCAUCAACCAGUACGGCACUGCCUUCACCGACCUUGUUGUUGGUAUCUCCGUCGGUAGCGAGGACCUCUACCGUGACUCCCAGAACGAGGUCGGCGCCAGUGCCACCUACCUGCUGGACUGCAUCUCCAAGGUCCGCAGCACCAUUGCUGGUACUCCUCUCGAGGGUGCCCCCGUUGGCCACGUCGACACCUACGAUGCCUUCCUGAACUCGACCAACUCCGCUGUCAUCGAGGCCAUCGACUGGAUUGGCUUCGACGGCUACCCCUACUGGGAGAAGGCCAAGCCCAACAGCAUUGAGGAGGCCACCACCCGAUUCUACGACGGAUACGACAAGACUGUUGCCCUGGCCAACGGCAAGCCCGUCUACGUUACCGAGACUGGUUGGCCCGUCACCGGCGACACCAUCGGCGCUGCUGUCGCUAAUGCCGAGAACGCUGGCAGCUACUGGAAGCAGAUCGCAUGCUCGCUCGUUGCCAAGGGUGUCAACCUGUGGUGGUACGACCUCCAGGAGUCCCAGUACGGAACUGCCACCCCUGACUUCGGUGUCUACGGUGCUGGUGACCUCAUGGCUCUCCAGCCCAACUACGAUCUGUCUUGCUAA